AUGACGCUCUUGCGUCAAUUCAUCGUCUUUGGGACAGACAACGCCGGCAUCGAGCGCUCAUUACGCUUCGUCCAGGCCCUAGUUUCUCUCAUCGCCACAUAUCCCGCCCUCCAAGUCGCCGCACAGCUCCAUCUCACGUCGAUCAGCGUCCCACCCCCAGCGUCAUUCCUGCUGCUGCGAUCAAAGAUCAACCUCACCAGACGCCUCUUGCGCUUCUUCCGGUUCUUGGACCAGUUCAAACUGGGGUGGGAUGUCUAUGCCUCUGGGUUACUGGAUUUCGACACUUUGCUUGAUGUGCUUUGCAAGACGUCCCUGGGCGUCUUUGGCAUGCUCGAGACGGCAACUCUGCUGGAUCUGCUGGAAAUAGACCAGCUCCAGAUAUUUGGACCCGAGCAGACUGCAAGCUUAAAUUACCAAGCUCAGUACUUCUGGCUGACUGCCCUGUGCAUCUCUCUCUUCCGCUCUGCCACUAGAUUAUUGCGCAUUCUCGGCAAUCAAGUGGCCCCCAGUUCCUCGUCUAUCAACGAGAAAGAAAGGGACGCGCAAAAGGAAAAUGACUUUCAAGAUAGAGAUUCGGCAUUAACAAAAAAUGACGAUGAGUCUGCUCCAAAGAAGCCAAAUGAGAUUCAGGUAGAAACGAGCAACGGACAGACAAAAUCCGGGGAGUCCGUCUCGCCGGUGGUCCUGAAGCUGAUAUCUGACGCCAUGGACUUGCUUCUCCCCGCCUCUGCUGUUCGGCUGAUUCAAGUAGAUUCUGAAGUGAUUGCCGUUGCCAUGCUUAUCAGCACAGCAGUCACCGCCAACGGCGUAUGGGCUAGGUGUGGUAGGGAUAUGCGUCGUGGUUAA